UCGGCUCGCCCCAGCACCUCAGAGCACCAGCCAUGUUCGCGCUGGUGUCAGUGGUGCUGGGCGCCGCGUUGAUGCUGGUGCAGAUGAUGGUGCUGCCGCCGGCGGUGGCGCCGGUGGUGCCACUGGCGCCGGUCAGCCUGUCGAGCUUCUGCCUGGGCCUCAGCACCAUAGUGUUCAGCUUUACCGGCGUGUCCACCUUCCCCACCAUCCAGCUGGACAUGGCCGACCGGGCUCGCUUCAGUCGCGCCGCCGCCGCCGGUUUCGCAGGUCUCUGUAUGGUGUACGUCCCGGUGGCGACCUUGGGCUACGUCAUUUAUGGAGAUCAAGUGCGCGACAACAUUACAGAGAACUUCACCGCUGGCCCCCUGCUCAUCAUCAUCCAGGUGCUUCUGACCGUCCACUUCUUGGGAGCGUUCGUCAUGCUCAUCAACCCGGUGUGCCAAAACGUAGAAGGAGCCUUCCAGAUACAGAGCUCCGAAGGCCUGACGAAGUGGCGCGUGUUGGUGCGCUCGAGCCUGAUGCUGCUGGCGCUGUUCGUGGCCGAAACUGUGCCCAGCUUCGGCAAGAUAAUGCAUCUCAUCGGCGGCACGUUCACGCUGAUGCUGACCUUCAUCCUCCCUUCGCUGCUGUACAUUCGCAUGCGCGGGGAGUACCACGGCACCAGCAAACACGGAUACAAAAAGUACCUCUUCAAGCGGUUCUACCUGGUGGUGGUGAUUAUACUAUGCGUGGCGCUCUCAACCGUGGUCGUCUUCUACUCCGUGGACGAGAUUGUGGCGCCGGGCACCUUCCAAACGCCGUGCUACCUCCGCUGGCUGAUGUGACGAGGCGACUGUCGUUCGUCAGAGGUCGUUAUCACGGUCCGCUGUCAGCGCCGGCUGACGUCAGCGCGGCCCGCUGU